AUGGCUUUUACAUUUGUUGCUCUUGCCUAUAUUAUUGCACUUGUUCUUACAGCUUUACUUAUCUUUUUCGCUAUAUGGCAUAUUAUAGCAUUUGAUGAAUUAAAAAAUGAUCAUAAAAAUCCAAUUGAACAAUGUAAAUCAUUAAAUCCAUUAAUUAUUCCUGAAUAUGCCAUACAUAUAUUUAUUAAUAUUCUAUUUCUUUUUGGUAGUGAAUGGUUAACAAUAUUUUUUAAUAUGCCAUUAAUAGCUUAUCAUAUAAAUAAAUUUCGUACACGUCCAGUUAUGAGUGGAUUUGGUAUAUAUGAUCCAACAACAAUAAUGAAUGCUCAAAUAUUAAAUUUAGCACAACGUGAAGGUUGGAUUAAACUUGGUUUUUAUAUGAUAACAUUCUUCUAUUAUCUUUAUUGUAUGAUUGCUGAACUUAUUCGUGAAUAG